AUGGACCCUGAUCACGGAUUGCUCCUGCUGUCAUGCAGCGAGGAGAUCGUCACAAAACUGUCAACAAAUUGCAUGCAAACUGUACAACUACUGGAAGAGAACUUGAGUGUCCCAGAUAACUAUUUUAAUCUUUUGCUUACAAGCAUCAGCAGAACCCUGGACGAGGUCAAGACAAGCAUUCUUACGGCUUCCACAAACUUCCGACAUGCUCUUGCGGACCAAAGAGCCAGCUCUUCAGGCCUACAUGGCCAACUUGACACACUCAAACAAGAGAUCCGCCGGACCCAGGACAGCCUUCAAGAGGCAAUACGGGAGAAGGUAAAUUACCAAAGCGAGCUGCAAUGCAAAGAAUCCGAGCUGGCCAAAAAAAGCAAGGACUUGGUUGCAAAGUCUCAUGAGUUGGCCGAACUCAGAGAAAAGGGCGAGGCACUCUGUCAGGGACCACAAACCCAAGAGUCAGCUCAACCCCGAGAAAAGGGUGAGUCACUCUAUCAGGGACCACAGACCCAGGAGCCAGCUCAACCCAGAGAAAAGGGUGACGCACUCCUCCACGGACUACGGGGCAAGGAAUCCGAGCUUGCCCAAGAAAGUGAGGACAUUACUGCAAUGACACAGGAACUAGCCGAACUCCGAGAAAAGGGUGAGGCCUUCCUCCACGGACUACCGCGCAAAGAAUCCGAGCUGGCCACAAACAGCAAGGACUUGGUUGCGAGAACCCAGGAAGUAGUCGAACUCACACAAAAGGGUGAGGCACUCCACCAAGGACUGCGGUGCAGAGAAUCCGAGCUUGCCCAAAAAAGCGAGGACUUGACUGCAAAGACCCACGAACUAGCUGAACUGGAAAGAACUAAAAACGAGUUGGCCAUGAAAUUCGAGGUACUCCAGGAAAGAGAACUCUCGUAUCGAGAGGCUCUCCGUUGUAAAACCUCACUCCUGGAAACAAAGCAGAGAGAGUGUGAAGACCUCCUGCAAGAAAGGACUGGCUUGGCCACAGAGUCCAUCCAGAUGCGCCAAGAGAAAGAACUCCUCCAACGCACAAUCUCUGAACUACAGGGGAACGCAAAGAAACAAGAAUCGGAGAGAGAUCUAUUGCUCAAGGACAUGACUCGGUUGCGUGCUAACAUUCAACAGAACAUUUCAAGCAAAGUCGAAGGUCUCCGCCAGGAGAUUCGGGGUGAGUUUACUGACUUCUGGGAUGAGGCCCGUGACAAAAUACGGCUCGAGAUAGAGCAACACGCGAAUAAGCUCCGAGAAAGACAUUUACAGAUUCUCGAGGACGAAAAAAACAAGUUAAGGGAACACCAUACGGAACAGCUUACAGAUAUCCAACGAAACCAUGAACGAGAGCUAACACAGCUACAGUCAGACCAACAGAGGACACAGCAGGAUCUCGAGAAUUUGCAGACCCGGAAUGCUGUUUUCAGAUCCGAAAUCAGCAAACUGAACGAAACCUGGCAAAACAAGCUGACUGCGGAGAGGAAGGAGGCGCAAGAGCGUUUCCGAAUCGAACUCGCAAAGCAAAAGGCUGAAAGCAAGCAGAAACAGCAAGACCACCUUGCGGCACUGCGGAACACAGUUGCUGAAAUGGAGGAGAGGGGUGCAGAAUGCGAAGCUACAUAUCACGAUUUGCGUGAGACCCAAGCUGAGCUGCUCGCCCUGAUCCGAUCACAAGCUGACAAUAUAGAGCAAAUGAAGGUGGAACACAGCCGCAACACAGAGGUUACGGAGACGCACGAAUCCCACCAAGGCGUCGCGCCUGAAGCACCGGUCUUCACGCUCCAUCAAGGUGAGGAAUUUUUCGGAUACCCCGAAGACAGUGACGUGGAGAAUCAAAACCCUCGCAAGAGAAAUCGCGCAGUUUCGAUGGAACUUGGUUCUAGGAAGCUACCCGAGAUGCACAAGAGGAGAAGAGUGGAUCAUGAAGAACAUCCUCUGAGAGCUGAUCUCCAGGAAGACGAAGAUAUUUUCGACCGACCACGGCCUGCUUCAAUUGAGACAAUCUCAGAAACCCAGCUCGAGGCGGAUGGAGACCGACUGACCUCAGACGAAGAAAGCCUGGACGAGAAAGUGAACCAACUCCGGGGAAUGUUCCUGCUUGCAUGGGAUUAUUCUGACGAAGAAGAGGAAAUAAUCAGAGGUUACCUCGCCGCCAUGAUCAAAAGCAGGAAGGAAUUGUCUGCUGUAGUGCGAGAUAUUGACCAGUACUGUGUGGGCCCUCUUGACAGUGAGCCUCUAUAUCCACGCCCUUGUCUGAUGGCAAAGUUAUUCAACAAAAACGCUGGCAAAGGCGGCCAAACCAUGACAAGCCGGAAUUGCAAGCACUGCCACAAACAGAACAGAAUAUGUCUCUGGGCGAAACAUGUUCCGGGUGUUGCGACUGGGUUCGGUCCAAGAGUAAAUGGCCAAAUCCUUGCAGACAACGGCGGCCGCAAACAUACUCCCAACCAACAGCCGUGGCUCCUUCAACUCGGAGGGAACGAGGUACGUUGGGUCCUGAAAAGACGAAAAAUGAGUGCCAGUGAGCCGGCAGAUACAGCGUGGGAGGUGGACGGCCUGAUUGUGUAG